AUGUCGCAAGCAGGAUCCGCUGCAGCCGCAGGAGUCGCAGGAGUCGUAGGAGUCGCAGCAGCCGCAGGCGACGAACAGGACGCGGGCACGGCGCCGAUCCCCGCUGGAGACCCCCCCGCCGCUUCCGCGGGAGUCAAUCCCGCUGCUUCCGCAUCGCUCGAUCCAGCCAAUCGCGCCAAGCAAGCGUCGACAGAACUGCGGGAUCCGGUAGAAGCAGACUCGCUAGAAGCAGCAGCGAAGCCCGGAGAUGUAGGGAUCCGGCAUCCCAUUGUCCCGUGCGGGGGUCUCAAAUCCGCCGCGCAUUCUAUCCCCGAAGCAGACAUCCCCGUUUUGAGCAGCAUGGGAAGCACGUUCGGCGCUUUCACCGCCAGCUCCGUUCCUCAGGACGGGCUCUUCCUCCCGACCCUACCACAGGUUCGGGUGGAUUUCCCGCCGGGCCACCUGGUUCGGACGACGAGCCAAGACAGCAGCGUGGCGGCCACGCUCGGCAGCCCGACGGGAAGCAUAAUGUCGCUGGAUCAAUUCUCGACGUGCUCGUCUAUCCCGCCUUACCACAUGUCGCCCGCGCCUUCCUUCACAUCUGAUCAGCCUAUGGCGGACUUAGCGGGAUCAGGCCUCGUUACAAGCAGACUCGGUAUAACGAGCAAGGCGUUGUUUUCCAGCCCCGGGGAGAAGCCAUCUGGGGGGCAGUCGGCGGGCGUCGCGGAGCGGGAAGCAGGGGGGAGCAGGUUCGGCGGGGCAGGCGCAAGCUACCCUGCUGCGCCCACCGUUCAGACGCUCGUCGUGGUUCGGCACGCCGAGCCUAUUGACGAGCAGGACGACGGCUGGGCAGCAGGCUCAGACCGACCCUGGGACCCGCCGCUGUCCGAGCGAGGCGCCAAGGCGGCAGAGGAGGUCGGGCAGGCGCUCAGAGCGCGCGGCUUCGGCGCGGCAAGGGGGAACGCGGGGGGGGACGGCGGGGGGAAGGCGGGCCACCAGGGGAAAGCAGCGGCGGGGCAGCUGGCGAUGGGGCAGCAGGAGGGGGAGAGGGAGGACGAGGGGGAGGGCGGCAAGGAGGGCGCUGUGGUGCGCGUGGUGGUGUCGCCGUUCCGCCGCUGCGUGCAGACGGCCGUUCACCUCGUGGCGGGGCUGCUGGGCGCGCGCACGGGGGAAGGGGCGGAGGGGGAUAAGGAAGGGAAGGGGGAGCGGGGCAACGCAGGCGAGGGGGCGGUGACGGGUGGGACGGCGGAGGGAUUGCAGGGGACUGAGGGACAGGCGCAGUUUCCACCUUCAGGUGUCAGUGUCACGGUGUCAUUCAGCCCCGCCCUGGCUGAGGUGAUGAACACGCGCGCCCUGCGGAGGUGCACGGAGGAGCGCCCACCAGCGGCGUCCAUCCGACACAGCAGCGUGGCGGAGCAUGCAGGGCUGGCGGCAGCAGUGGAGGCGGCGGCAGCAGAGGCGCGCAGCAAGGGGUGGGUGCUGGAGGAGGGCGAUUUGAAGGCGCUCUUUCCCCCGGGCACUACCUUCCUACCGCUUCCUGCUGCUGCUGCUAGUGCUGGUGCCGCUGCUGCUGCCUCCGCAGAGGGGAGGGCAGGCAGGAGUGUGCAUUCUGAGUUCCCUAUCUUCCCUGAAUCUCUCGAGAGUGCACGAGAGCGCUUCAUGCAGGCCUUUGAUGACGUGGCAGCGCUCUUCCCCACCGACAGCAUCCUAUGCGUGACACAUGGCGACGCUGUAGCGGCCAGCGUGGAACGCUUAGCUCCCGUCACGGUCGUUGCUGUUGAUUUCUGUGGCUACUCCUGGUCGCAGCGCCGCGCUGCACCGCUCUACACCCAUCCCAGCCGCCUCCACCAUGAUUCCCACCACUCGCACCACCAUGCCAGCCUACCGCCGCUGCCCCCACCCGCGCCCCCAACCCCCACUCCUGCGAACGAGCCUGAGAGUCUUGAUGGUGAGGAGGCAGGGGUGGUGGGAUCCAGACAAACUGUGUCAGCCAGUUUUGCCGCAGCUGUAGUAGCAGCAGGUUCGGAGACCGAGGCUGCUGCUGUGGCGGCGGCGGCUGUAGCGGCUGUAGCAGGGCUGCAGGUUAGCAGACGAGGUGGGCUGGGUGGUGUGGUGGAAGAGGGGGAGGAGGAGGGGGAAGGGGAGGAAGGUGGGAACGGUUCGGACGGCAGGAGUGGGGGAAAGCAGGGUGCGUUGAGUGACAGUGUGGUGAUUGUAGGGGGGUCGACGGCUUCUGAUAUAAGCACGCACGAGAGUGAGGACGACGAUAAGGACACAGUGAACAGCAGCAUUGACGUAGGGCCUUCGCUCUCCGAGGUGGCUGAAGGGGAUGAGGAGGGGGAGGAGAGGGGGGCAGGGGAGGAGGGAGAGGAGGUGGGGAGUGAGAGCGGGCAGGAGGGGCUGGGAGGGAGAGGGAGAGGGGAGGCGAGGAGAGGAGGAGGGAUGGAGGUGGGGGAGUGGGAGCUGCUGACGAGUUCAGGGUCCACUGGUGUGUGCUGGAUCUCCAACAUCGCUCUUGCUGCCAGAGAUGAUGAGACGCCCACUAAAGGGCUGGCUUCCUAA